UUUCCUUUGCCGAGUGGGUUGCGACUUGACUAUGUUUUGUCUUGAGCCUCAGCGGCGCUGAAAGUUCCAAUGCUUUUUGUGACCCACUUUGGAGCGAUUUCGAGAACGCAGGCAGAAGCAUACAUCAAAUUUUUAAUCUAAAAUGAAGACUAAACAGGUUGGAGUCCGGCGUUCUGCACGUCUUCGGAAUAAGGUGCUUUGUACUGCAGCUUCAAGCACCUCGCAACAGAACAUCAAGGCUGUCAGCUCGACACAGAAAACACCCAGGACUUCAUACGAAACUGUGCUUUCAUUGAAUAAAUCAGAUUCCAGCACAAGUAAUCAUCCCUCAAAAAAGCAGAAAUGUGAAAGAGUGGAAGUACAGACAGAAGAGGAAGCUCCAGUUACUGAGCAGGAACUAGAAGAUACCGCUGUCAUUCUUCCUCACAAACCUUCACACAAAUCAAUAGAAGAGAAUGAGAAGCCAGUUAUUCAUGAAGUAUACACUGAAGUGAAUGCAGCGGCCCAGGAAAACCAGACACCUUCUACAGUCAGCUCAGAGUGGAGAGAGACAGAAAAGCAUGGAGACCAUGCCACUGAAACGGAAGAAAUGGACAAUAAUAAUCAUCUGCUAACAGAAAUAUCCAUGAAGUCAGUGUUAGAAAACAAGGAAGACGUUGAAAAGACAGAAAGCCCAGAUAGUGAUAUAGAAAGGAAAGAUACUAUGGAGAUUGAUCAAUCACCAGGCACCUCAUUCAAAAUAGAUAACAGCAUUUUCCUGGACGAGGAUAGCAAUCAACCAAUGCCUGUGGGCAAAUUCUUUGGAAAUGUGGAGAUUAUGCAAGAUCUUCCACAAUCAGUACCACUGCUGGAUUCUGUCACCAGGCGAGAGUAUAGGAGACGUCACUUCAUUGCAAAAGAUGAAGAGGAUGAAGAACCAGAAGACAGGAUAGCAGAAAAAACAGAAGUGAAGCCACAAGUGUCAUCUCCAUCGGAAGAUGAGGUGCCAGCGGAAACUGAAACAAAAAUGAAUCCUGUUUUGCAAAAUGCAUCAGACAUGAUGGAUAAGUGUUUGUGAUGAUCUUGUAAAAACACAAAUGGAAACUGUUAACCAGUAAAGUCAAGCCAAAGAAUGUCCAUCUGAUUGUACACCUAAUUAUCGCAGAGUCGAACUUGUCUCGAAGCAACAUGGUAGUUGACCAGCUGUUACAUUUUGAUUACUCAUCAUAAAUCUGUGUUUUUUCAGAUUUGACAUUUUUGGUUUAGUUAUUUUGCCCACAUUCUGUUUGUUUAAUUCUGUAACUUUCUUCUGUAAUCGGUAACUUAAAUUUGCACUUAAAGCACCCCUGGCCUUUACUUACACUUCUAUUAAUAGACCAGUGAAUCAAAAUAGUGAUGGCUGGUGUUAAAGUUGGAAGUGGAAGUAAACAUCGGGUUAAGUUUGGCACUUGUGCAGAGCCUUUACCAAUGUUGGCUUGAAAUGGCGUCAGAUCUGCUACUUAAAAUCAUAACUGCAAUUCAAAGCAGAAGCUAACCUAUUCAUUUAAGCAGUUUUAUAGUGUUUCUCAGGGUUGGGGGUGGGUGAGAAGAACACAGAAGAAAUCACUUUAAGUUGAGAAUAUCAAGCUUAAUAUUGCAUUAUAAACUGGAAGUGGACUGAAAUUUUAUCAUGCUUGGAAAUGUAUUCUUUUGCCCAAAUUUUAAUAGGUUGUAUUAAUUACACAUCCACUCACUUUUAGAACGUUGUAUGCUUCAGUUUAUACAUAAUAGUUUAGGGAAGGUUUAUAACUCAUUGUAAAUUGUACUUAAUUUCAGUAUUGUGGAAAUAUCAGUGCCUUUGUAAAGGCAGGGAAAAGUUGCAAUCAAUGUCAGAUAAAGUGAAAGGACAACUUUCCCAAUAUAACUAUCAGAGAGUACUAGAACAAAGCAACAGCAAGAAUAAUUACAGAAAUUUCAACCAGCAGUCCUCUCCCUGUCUGAGUCCAUUCGUACUUUAAUAUGAAGAAUAAAAAGACUAUUUUCCGUCUCAUGGUGUCAUUUAUUAAUAUGAUAGGUGUUCAAUGACAAAAGAAGAAAUGCUAAUUCUUUUCCAGAAUAUUUUUGAUCAUGGUAGAGAAGGCUACAACUGAAAUCGUAUUAUCCUACUUAAGUUUAUCAGUGAUCCUCUGUCUUUCUGUAAGCACGUUGGUCAUUUUUGUUUGUUUAAUAAAAUUGAGAUGAUUUUGUAUUAUAUAGCUUUACCAGAUUUACCAUGCAGUAAAGGGGGAAGAUAAGUGGAACUGCUUACUUCUUGAAUAUCUGUUCCUUUUGAAGGGACAAAAUCCACUUUUCCAAGUAACAUUUAUAGGUAAUGCUGCCUCAAUCAUUAGUGUUCUGCCAAUGCCAUUUGAAACUCCUCCGUGGAAGUUCUGCAAGAGUUUGGUUCUACCUCCCUCUGGGCUUCGUGCCAUUCUUCAUUCUGCUUCCCAAGUGGAAUUAAUGAAAACAUUAUUGGGGAAAUUAAUGUCUCCUUUCCAUUAUAAAUACAAUGCUCAAAGCCAUGAUUCAUUAUCUAGUAUUGUAUUCGUGAAAUCUGUUAAACAAUUCAAUGAUAGAACCUCAUCUUCAAUAAUUUGUUUCAUUAAUGAAUCCCAUUCUGAAAUACAAAUAAUAACAGAUUACAAACUUUGCACAGAAAUACCAGUAUUUUUCAGCAUGUGUAUCUAAGCCUUGAGACCUCUAUGAAAAUGUGGAAGUGCCAUAAACAUUCCCCAAUAAUGUUUUCAUUAAUUCUCAUGGAAAUCCAAGAGCACAGCUGGAUGUUACUUAAAAUGACCAAUAACCUAUCGGGAUCUACUGGGAAAAUCCACUCAGGAUACAGUAUUAGUAUUGUUGAGCAUAUGAAUUUUAAGUGGGGUUGUAGGAAUUCAAAUAAGAAAGUAAAAAGGUGUUUUUGAAUAAUUUCUGUUCAUUUUGCCUUUUUAAAAGAAAUUAGUCUUUCAGUUUAUUCUUACUUCUUUCUGAAACAGUGAAAAAGUAUUUACAGCUUCGAUAUUUGAUCCUGGAGCAGGAUCGCACCAGCUUUCAGAGGAGCUCUGCAAGUAGGGCUUCCUCUGGCCAUGUUAUUUCUCAUCCUUCACACUCGAGAUCUGCCACCAUUCAGCUCUGUGUUGCUCGUCUCUGGGAUUGUCCGUCUGAGCAAGAUCAACUGUUUGGCAUUGAUGUAUGUAAGUUUGGGCAGUGGGUCCAUAGCGGUAAAAGCUAGCCCAGUGCCUUAUUUAAACCAAAGGCCUGAAUGAAAAAAAAGUUUUGUUUUCAAUCUAUUCACAUUUGAGUAGAACAUUGUAUGUACAGGAAAGUUAACAAUCAGCUGAUGUGCUAUGAAGGUGUAAUUUGGAAAUAAUAAAUCUUUCA